UCCGCAGCCUCCAGAGCCGCUGAUUGGCUUUCAGGCUGGCGCCUGUCUCGGCCCCCGCGCCAGUUUCGGGCUGGUUGGCGCGGAAUCGGGAGACUCCGGGACCAUGGCGCCGGUGCACGGCGAUGACUGCGACCUGGGGGCGAGCGCUAUGUCAGAUUCAGGGAGUCUUGCAGCUUCGCGAUCCCGGCGAGAGAAGAAAUCCAAGAAAGGGCGACAGGAAGCUCUAGAAAGACUGAAAAGGGCUAAAGCUGGUGAGAAGUAUAAAUAUGAAGUAGAGGACUUCACAAGCGUUUAUGAAGAAGUUGAUGAGGACCAGUAUUCGAAGCUGGUUCAGGCCCGCCAGGAUGAUGACUGGAUUGUGGAUGACGAUGGUAUUGGCUAUGUGGAGGAUGGCCGAGAGAUUUUUGAUGAUGACCUUGAAGAUGAUGCCCUUGAUUCCCAAGAGAAAGGAAAAGAUGACAAAGCACGAAACAAAGACAAGAGGAACGUUAAGAAGACUGUGGUGACAAAACCAAAUAAUAUCAAGUCAAUGUUCAUUGCCAGUGCUGGGAGGAAAACUGCAGAUAAAGCUAUUGACUUGUCCAAGGAUGAUCUGCUAGGUGACAUUCUACAGGAUCUGAACACUGAGACACCUCAAAUAACUCCGCCACCUGUAAUAAUAUCGAAGAAGAAAAGAUCCAGUGGAGCUUCACUGAAUCCUUUCUCUGUGCACACCCCUAAGGCAGUUCCUUCAGGAAAAACCAUUUCUCCAGUCUCAAGGAAGGAGCCUUCGUUAACUCCUGUUCCCCUUAAAUGUGCUGGAUUUGCUGGCGCGCCAGGGCCGGCCUUGCGGACAGAUGACAAGGAGGAGUCAGGGCCAAUGGACUUUGAAGAUGGCGACUUCGAUGAGCCCAUGGAAGCCGAGGAGGUGCAUGUGGAGCCCGUGGCUGCCAAGACUUGGGACCAAGAGAGGGAGCCAGCAGAGGAGGAGAAACAAGAGGCAGAUCCUGGGAAAGGGACCACGUCCAAUUUAGGAAGUUAUCUCCCGGAUGUCUCUUGUUGGGACAUUGACCAGGAAGAUGACAGCAGUUUCUCAGCCCCGGAAGUUCAAGUGGAUUCCAGUCACCUCCCACUGGUGAAAGGGGCAGACGGGGAACAAGUAUUUCAGUUUUAUUGGCUGGAUGCUUAUGAAGAUCAGUACAGCCAACCAGGUGUGGUAUUUCUGUUUGGCAAAGUUUGGAUUGAACUUGCCGAAACCCAUGUGAGCUGUUGUGUCAUGGUGAAAAACAUUGAGCGAACGCUGUACUUCCUUCCCCGUGAAACGAAAAUUGAUCUAAACACGGGGAAAGAAAAAGGAACUCCAGUUACAAUGAAGGAUGUUUAUGAUGAAUUUGAUGAGAAAAUAGCAGCAAAGUAUAAAAUUAUGAAAUUCAAGUCCAAGCCAGUGGAAAAGAACUAUGCUUUUGAGAUACCCGAUGUUCCAGAAAAAUCUGAGUAUUUGGAAGUUAGAUACUCGGCUGAAAUGCCACAGCUUCCUCAGGAUUUGAAAGGAGAAACUUUUUCUCAUGUAUUUGGGACCAAUACAUCCAGCUUAGAACUGUUCUUGAUGAACAGGAAGAUCAAAGGACCUUGCUGGCUUGAAGUAAAAAAUCCACAGCUCCUGAAUCAGCCAAUCAGUUGGUGUAAAUUUGAGGCAAUGGCCUUGAAACCGGACUUGGUAAAUGUAAUUAAGGAUGUUGGACCUCCUCCACUCGUGGUCAUGUCUUUAAGCAUGAAGACAAUGCAGAAUGCAAAGACACAUGAAAACGAGAUUAUUGCUGUGGCAGCACUGGUCCAUCAUAGCUUUGCAUUAGAUAAAGCACCCCCGCAGCCUCCCUUUCAGUCACACUUCUGUGUUGUGUCUAAACCAAAGGAUUGUAUUUUUCCAUAUGAUUUCAAAGAAAACAUUAAGGAAAAGAAUGUAAAGGUGGAGGUUGCUGCAACAGAAAGAACACUGCUAGGUUUUUUCCUUGCAAAAGUUCACAAAAUUGAUCCUGAUAUCAUUGUGGGUCAUAAUAUUUAUGGGUUUGAACUGGAAGUGCUGCUGCAGAGAAUUAAUGUGUGUAAAGUUCCUUACUGGUCCAAGAUAGGUCGGCUGAAGCGAUCCAACAUGCCAAAACUCGGGGGCAGGAGUGGAUUUGGUGAAAGAAAUGCUACCUGUGGCCGAAUGAUCUGUGAUGUGGAAAUUUCGGCAAAGGAAUUGAUUCGUUGUAAAAGCUACCAUUUGUCUGAACUUGUUCAACACAUUCUGAAAACUGAAAGGGUUGUAAUCCCAAUGGAAAAUGUACGAAAUAUGUACAGUGAAUCUUCUCAUCUCUUGUACCUGUUGGAACAUACCUGGAAAGAUGCCAAGUUCAUUUUGCAAAUCAUGUGUGAGCUAAAUGUUCUUCCAUUAGCAUUGCAGAUCACUAACAUCGCUGGGAACAUUAUGUCUAGGACACUGAUGGGUGGACGAUCUGAGCGUAAUGAAUUCUUGUUGCUUCAUGCAUUUUAUGAAAACAACUAUAUUGUGCCUGACAAGCAGAUUUUCAGAAAACCUCAGCAAAAACUGGGAGAUGAAGAUGAAGACAUCGAUGGAGAUGCCAGUAAAUACAAAAAAGGGCGUAAGAAAGCAGCUUAUUCUGGAGGCUUGGUAUUGGACCCCAAAGUUGGUUUUUAUGAUAAGUUCAUUUUGCUUCUGGACUUCAACAGUUUAUAUCCUUCCAUCAUUCAGGAAUUCAACAUUUGUUUUACAACAGUGCAAAGAGUUGCUUCAGAGGCGGAGAAAGUUACAGAGGAUGGAGAACAAGAACAGAUCCCUGAGCUGCCAGAUCCAGGCUUAGAAAUGGGCAUUUUGCCCCGAGAGAUCCGGAAACUGGUAGAGCGGAGGAGACAAGUGAAACAGCUCAUGAAACAGCCAGAUUUAAAUCCAGACCUUGUUCUUCAGUAUGACAUUCGACAGAAGGCUUUGAAGCUCACGGCAAACAGUAUGUAUGGCUGCCUGGGAUUUUCCUACAGCAGAUUUUACGCCAAACCACUGGCUGCUUUGGUGACAUACAAAGGAAGAGAGAUUUUGAUGCAUACAAAAGAGAUGGUGCAGAAGAUGAAUCUUGAAGUUAUUUAUGGAGAUACAGAUUCAAUUAUGAUAAACACCAAUAGCAACAGUCUGGAAGAAGUGUUUAAAUUGGGAAACAAGGUAAAAAGUGAAGUGAAUAAGUUGUACAAGCUGCUUGAAAUAGACAUUGAUGGUAUUUUCAAGUCUCUGCUUCUGCUGAAGAAAAAGAAGUAUGCUGCUCUGGUUGUUGAGCCAACAUCGGAUGGGAAUUACAUCACCAAACAGGAGGUGAAAGGAUUAGAUAUAAUUAGAAGAGAUUGGUGUGAUCUUGCUAAAGACACUGGAAACUUUGUCAUUGGUCAGAUUCUUUCAGACCAAAGCCGGGACACUAUAGUGGAAAACAUUCAGAAGAGGUUAAUAGAAAUUGGAGAAAAUGUGCUAAAUGGCAGUGUCCCAGUGAGCCAGUUUGAAAUUAACAAGGCAUUGACCAAGGAUCCCCAGGAUUACCCUGAUAAAAAAAGCCUACCUCAUGUGCAUGUUGCCCUCUGGAUAAAUUCUCAAGGAGGCAGGAAGGUGAAAGCUGGAGAUACUGUGUCAUAUAUCAUCUGUCAGGAUGGGUCAAACCUCACUGCCAGUCAGAGGGCCUAUGCACCUGAGCAGCUGCAGAAGCACGACAAUUUAACCAUCGACACCCAGUACUACCUGGCCCAGCAGAUCCACCCAGUCGUCGCUCGGAUCUGUGAGCCAAUAGAUGGAAUUGAUGCUGUUCUCAUUGCCACGUGGUUAGGACUUGACCCCACCCAGUUUAGAGUUCAUCAUUAUCAUAAAGAUGAAGAGAAUGAUGCUCUGCUUGGUGGCCCAGCACAGCUCACGGAUGAAGAGAAAUACAGGGACUGUGAAAGGUUCAAAUGUCCAUGCCCUACGUGUGGGACUGAGAAUAUUUAUGAUAGUGUCUUCGAUGGUUCGGGAACCGAUAUGGAGCCCAGCUUAUAUCGUUGCAGUAACAUCAGUUGUAAGGCUUCACCUCUGACCUUUAUGGUACAGCUGAGCAACAAAUUGAUCAUGGACAUCAGACGUUGCAUUAAAAAGUACUACGAAGGCUGGCUGAUUUGUGAGGAGCCCACAUGUCGAAAUCGAACUCGGCACCUUCCCCUUCAGUUUUCCCGAAAUGGACCUCUUUGCCAAGUCUGCAUGAAAGCUACACUCCGGCCAGAGUAUUCUGACAAGUCCCUGUACACCCAGCUGUGCUUUUACCGGUACAUUUUUGAUGUGGACUCUGCACUGGAGAAACUUAUUACCGAUCAUGAGAAAGAUAAAUUGAAGAAGCACUUUCUUACUCCCAAAGUUCUGCAGGACUAUAGAAAACUCAAGAGCACAGCAGAGCAGUUCUUGUCCCAAAGUGGCUACUCGGAAGUGAACCUCAGCAAACUCUUCAUUGACUGCGCCGUGCGGUCCUGAGGAAUCGCCGGAAGUGGGUGCGGUGGGGGCUCUGGAAGGAAGAACCGCAUCCUCGCAUCCUCGGUGCCUGCGCCAUGGCCCUGGCUGCCUCUCCUGCAUCGCUUUUCCUUUGGGACUCCAUACCAUGUUUGUGUGGAUGCAGCUCGGGUGGGAGAUUAUUAAGCGGGCCUGCAAAAAUAUUUAAUCUACUGAGCAUCAAAGAACAGCAAAACCACCUUCCUCUUAUGUAUACCUCGUGCUGUUGCGACACCAAGCCGAAGAGCUGGCUGCUUGACGGAGUGGCCUGGAUGCAAGUGGCCCCAGGCUUUGCCCCAGGACCUUAAGCAGAGGCACCCCUAGAAAGAGGGCUUCAUGGAGCUUGGUAGGAGGGCCGACACUUUGCCUUUUCACAUGCCAGUUAAACCCAGUCUGAACCCAACUGCUGCCUGGCCGCUGGCCCCAGGAGUGGCUGUCCUUUUCAGUCUUUCUUUAAUAUAAGUAGCUGGGGGGGGGGAGAUUUAGAAGGCUUGCACUUACUAAAUAGAUUAAACAGAGCUUACUUGUAUAUUGAAUUGCUCCAAAGCCCAACCUGCACACGCACAUGCAGAAUGGGUAGCUGUUCUACACCCACCUUCCUUUUUUUAUUUCCUCAAGUAGAACAUCUAGGUAAAGGUUUAUACAAAAGGAAAGCACAUUUUAAAUAAUUUGAUAGAUCUUAUUUCAUUAAAAAUGUAUAGGGGUUGGGGUGAGGAUGAUUGUGUUAUAUUCAGAAAAACUGGGGCGGGUGACUGGUUAAUGAGCCCUGGUGCUGUUUUUCUCAUUUCUUUAGAACGGUGUGUUUUUGCCAGAAGCCAGACGUAUUGCAAUAUUUCUUACGUUCUUGGUAAGAUUAUAGUAACAAAGCAUAUUUUCCCUUGUACAACUAUGCUAUAUAUAUUUUUUAAAUCUACCUAUGCUUUUUCAUAAAAGAAACAUAUGCUGUGCUUUUUUUUUUUUUUUUUUUUCACUUCAGAAUAAAGUUUUCUAAAGGGAAACUAGUUGCAGCGACUCCUUAUCAGGUGCCAAGAGUGACUAGAGGGGGCAGCCAGGAGUAAGGGGUGACUGGAGGCUGUUCCCUUCCCAAACCUCGGCCUCCUUAGAUCUCCGCUCAGAAAUGCUCCGCGUGGGAGUUCCCUUGUGGUGCAGUGGGCUAAGGAUCAGGCAUGACGACAGUGGCUCGAGUCGCUGCUGUGGGACCAGUUCAGUUCCUGACCUGGGAACGUCCACAUGCCAAGGAUGCAGGGAAGAAAGAAAAAAAAAAAAAAAAAGCUCAGCAUGACGUAUGUCCCAGUGUUCUGAGUGGCAUUUUCAUGGACUUUGGGUCCUUUAAGAGAUGCAGUAUGACUUCUCGUGUGCUUUGCCGACUUGGACAGCCAGAGAGAGCUCAGCCAAGAGCCCAGUGCUGUCUCCUUUUGGAGAGCAAGGCUGAUGGCUCCUGGGAGAAAUGCCUCCACAAGAGAACGGUCAUCUGACUUGGACCCGAGUGAAAGCACACUUGUUAAGCAGCAGAAGUGACACUGCCCUUUAUCUUGCUUCACCUUCCCCAUUCUCUCCAACCCUCUCCUCCUUUCUCCUGUCUCUUACACUUGCAGUUUAAGGCCCUGUCAGUUAAUUAACUCUUGGUUCCUCGGGCUCUGGGACCCGUCAGAAGUUGUAGCAGCCACGCUGCUCUACGAAACUAAGGAUUAGUGUGGCUUUUCCUUGCUGUUACCGUGUGGAUUACAGGGAUGGUUCUAUGAUGUGUGCUUCCUCAGCCCACACCCCUGCUUUGCUCUCUAAAGAGAAGGCACGUUCUCCUUGAUUUCUGGAACCUGGGGUUAUGGUAAAUACAAGGAGAGGGUUAUCUUGAGCUUGCUCAUCAAGAAACUCCAGGAAACACAACACAGAUGGCUUCUCAUUGGUCUGUUUCUUGUCUCUGCAUCUAGAUUGUAAUGACUGUGAGGGCAGGAACCAUUUCUGUAGAAAGUCCACAGAAAGUCAGACAUGUCUUCGUACAGUUCUCGAAAAGAGCUAGCAUGAUGGUUGAUGUUUUAUUUAGAUCAGCAACUCCAGGUAGGUUAAGAGAGUUUUCUGGGAGGCAUCUAAGGAUUCCAGGAUCUUAUAGAGAGUUGCAACUGCAACUUUGAUCAAGAAUGCCAGUGGAGGAGUUCCCGUCUGUGGCACAGCAGAAAUGAAUCCAACUAGGAACCAUGAGGUUUCGGGUUUGUUCUCUGGCUUCGCUCAGUGGGUUAAGGAUCCGGUGUUGCUGUGGUGUAGGCGGGCAGCUGUAGCUCUGAUUCGACCCCUAACCUGGGAACCUCCGUAUGCUGCAGGUGCAGCCCUAAAAAGCAAAAAAGAAUGCCAGUGGAGGAGUUCCAUCAUGGCUCAGCAGGUUAAGAACCUGACAUAGCGUCUGUGUAGACACGGGUUAGAUCCCUGGCCUUGCUCAGUGGGUUAAGGGGUUGGUGUUGCCAUGAGCUGUGGUGUAGGUCACAGAUGUAGCUCAGAUCCUGCAUUGCUGUGGCUGUGGCUGUGACCAGCAGCCGAAGCUCUGAUUCGACCCCUAGCCUGGGAACUUCCGUAUGCUGCAGGAGUGGACCAAAAAAGAAAAAAAAAAAAAAAAAAAAAAAAAAAAAAAAAAAAAAGAAUGCCAGUAAAUCUCUUGGAGGAUUGGAGCGUGGUCAGUUUUCUCAGAGAAUGCUUUCUAUUCCUUGAUUGGCAUGGGUUGUGUCAGUGGGUAGGGCGGGUGCAGAGAGGCCACCCACUUCCUUUUAUAAGGGGGAACACACCCACGUGUCUCCACUGGUACCCUGGCAUAAGUGUUAAGCUCAAGUGCUACAAGUCAAACAGGCCGGGUUCACAUUCAAGGGUGGCAGGGCCUGGUGAACCCCAGUAGGCAUGUCCUGUCUGAGGGGAGCAGCAGCUACUCAGCGAUUCUGGGAGAGACAGUGCCCAGUGCCCAGUGCCAUAUGAUCUGGGGUUCAAGAGAAGCCAGGAAUCCAGAUAUGCCAUAAAGUGUCUUGAUUGCUAGGAGUUCCUUUGUGGCAUAGCAUUGUCACUGUAGCAGCCUAAGUUGCUGCUGUGGUGCAGGUUCAAUCCCUGGCCCAGGAACUUCCACAUGUCUCAGGUGCAGCCCCCCCCCCAAAAAAAAGUGUCUUGAAUUCUAAGCUUUGACAACCAAUUUUUAAAACAAAAUACUAAACACUGUGGGCCAGACUUCCCAACUGGAGUGGUGCCCUAAAGGAACCUUGCUCUUCUCGGAGCCCCAUUUGAAAGGGGCACCUUUUCUGUUGAGGGUUGAGUCUGCCUGCAACAGGGAGCACCCAUUUAUCUUGGUCACAACUUGCUCACUCUCAAUUCUCCUUCGUGUGAAGGGGGAAUGAAGGAGGCCAGAAGUUGAAAAUCGUACAGGCGUGUGCUCAGGAAGUUUUCAUUUGUCCAGGCAACAGAUGGAGAUCACCUCUGUUGCCCAAGACGUGGGGGCUCAGCAAAGUUCAUAGACGGGAGUUCAGUUCGGGGUGAAUUCGCUGCCCCUCCCCACCCCCCCCUCCUCCAGCCCAUACCGCCGACAUGCACACAGAGGUGCUUCCACACGCCUUUUCAAACUUCCCCGUUAAAUGAGUUUGGCAGGUGAUGCCAAGACAAGGCAUCUCCAAAAGCCGACUUGCCUAUCUUGUGUCAGGCUUUUGUGAAAAACACACCAAACACCAGACCCUCAAUUCGAUAAUUCACUUCUUCCCUCUCCCAUCCCAAACUUUAACCCGCCCUGACUUUGCCUUCUGUCUCUCUGUCUCUCUCUGUCUCUGACUCUCCCUCUCGCUGCUCACCUAAAUAUUUCUUAAUUGAACGGUUUGCUGUGGAGCUUCCUUAUAGCAGUUUAAUAGAUUAACUCAUCUGAGCCAGCCUCAAAUUUCAGAUUAAAAUUCCUUCAUCCCGAAGGCAGCAUUAUCAGGUUGUUGGAGGCUGUUUUCAAACCUUGGUUUUGAAUAGCAGCGGCUCUGCAUUAAUUUAACCACUAAGCUAAUAAGUAGGUUUCGUUUUGUUAUGCUAAGCUUUAUUGCUUUUCUUUUGAUCAGAAUGGUGUUGUUGAGCAAAGCAGCAGACAAGGCAUUCUUUGAUGAGGGAAUUAGCGCUCCAUUCUUCCUCUAUUAUUCAUAGCACAGUGGAAUAUGUAAGUACCUGAGGGUGUCAAAGGAGCGCAGGUUCUAUUGCAAAGUGCUCGCCUUGUUUCUCUCAAUAGCUGACUAUGAGAUGAUAAACCGCUUAAUACACUGUGCUAAUUGGAUGAGAGCAAAAAGAGAUGGGAAUUAAGGCGAGGCAAAAGGAGAAAGUGCAACCAGCCUUCAAUUCACUCUUUCACCACUUUACCAGCACCAAAGGAGGCACAAGCUUUCUAUAAGCAGACUAGAGGUUUUGUGCAGAGAUAAAAUGAACGUGUUAGUGGAUUCAAGUAAUACACUAAUUAUUGCACAGUAUAAAUACCACUACUGGUUUUAUAACAGGGAGGUAAACUUCUUUUGAGAGGGUUAUAGGAUUGCUUGGCAGUGGUGUAGAACCUAAUAAGGGCCCAGAGUAAUAACCCCCUGGAUUAACAAAAUUGCUGCUUGUAGAAGUAUGAUUCAGGCUUUUACGAAGAUUUCCGGAGAAUGAAUAAAAAUGACUGAAUGACAUUUCUUAAUGUA